AUGCAGGACCAAUUUGUUCUUCAGCGAGAUGGAGCCGUGUCAUCGAUGCCGACGCCGAAGAACUAUGGCGAUCCUUCGGUGUUGAUCAACGCCCCGGGAUGGUCAAUGCUCGCGGUCUCCACGAUCUUCCUCUUCCUCCGCAUCUACUGCAAGGGAUUCCGAGUACGAUGGAUGGUCUGGCUGGAUGACUGGCUCCUCGUCGCCGGCUGGGCCUUUCUCAUCGCUUCGCAGGCUCUCCUGAGCGAGCUUAUGCGCCUCGGAUUUGCCAGGACGUACAACGUCACCCCGACCAUGAGCACCUUUAUCUACUCCUGGGACAACUGCCACAAGGUCGCUUUGGCGCUGACGAAGACCUCGUUUGCCGUCACGCUGCAUCGUAUUGCCUCGCCCUGGCAGAAGUACGUCAUCUGGUUCCUCGUUGGGACCAUGAAUCUUCAAUUCGUUGUUCACAUCAUUCUCACUUGGAGAGCUAUCUGCAAACCACCUGGCCACGAGGAUCACAACCCUCAUCUUCCGCUUUCUUGUUGGCAGUCCGAGGACGCAAUUACGUUGGGAAUAUUUGGCGGAUUCUACUCAGCCCUGUCCGACUUCAUUCUUGCCCUCUUACCAUGGAAAAUCGUCCUGGGGUUGCAGAUGAAGAAACAUGAGAAGAUUGGUGUGGCGGUCGCCAUGAGUAUGGGAGUGCUCGCUGGAGUAAUGGGUGUCAUGAAAGCAGUGCAAAGCAUUGUGAUGCUGGACACGUCCGCGCCAGAUCUCUUCUGGAAAAUUUGCAUCAUGCACGUGUGGGCAAUGGCCGAGCCAAACGUCACCAUCAUCGCCGCCUGCAUCCCCGUUCUCCGCGUCUUAGUCCGACACAUUCGAAGCACGCGCGAAGCCGAGUACCCAUCAUCCGGCGCAUAUAUCCGGUCGGACAAUCUCAGCAAGUUUCAGAACCAGUCCAUGCCGGGCGGCCGUUCGAGGACAGUCAAUCAUCACGAUCCCGCAGGGAACGACACCGAUAGUGAUCGCAGUAUGCUGCCUCAAGGCAUCGUGCGCACGACCGAAGUCACUAUCGACUACGACAAGCGUAGUGGUCGCUCUGGUAACAGUGUGUCAGUCGAGGAAGAAAUUGAACUGGCGGAUAGAUGA